AUGCAUUGCGAGGUGGCCGAGGCACUUUCGGACAAGAGGCCAAAGGAGGCCCCUGGUGCUCCCGGCCCGGGCCGCGGGCCUGCGGGCCUGGGAGCGCACAUGGCCUUCAGGAUUGCCGUGAGUGGCGGCGGCUGCGGGGACGGGAACCCGCGAGACCUGCUGCCUCGGCUGCCGGUGCCACCACCACGCGCCCACGAUCUCCUCCGACCCCGGAGCCCUCGAGACUACGGCGUGUCCAAGGCCGGCGGCGGCAAGGUGAAUGGGAGCUACGGGCACAGCUCAGAGAGCAGCCUGCUGGACCUGGACCUGUCCGAGGGUCCCAGCCCUUCCUGCCACCAGGGUCUGUUUCUUCCUGCAGGGACCCCACCACCCCGGGGUCAACCCCCUGUCUGUGAGAGGCUGCUGCAUUUCCCCCACCCAAACAGGUCACCCAGACCUCAGGCUACGUAUGUGAAUGGCAGCCUCCCAGCAGCCCAGCACAUCAAGCAAGAAGCCCUACCUGACUACCAGGCCAUGGUCAGCGCCCACACGCCCCUGCCCACCCACUGCCGAGCCCCAUCCUCCACAGGUCUGCAUUCAGACCUGGACUUCCCAGACCACCGAGGCCUCACCAACCCUGCACCUUCCUGCUACCUUCUGGGCAAUGAAGCCAUCUCAGGCCUGGGUCCCCAACCCGAGGCCCACCUCCCCGAGGGCAGCCUGAAACGCUGCUGCCUCCUGGGCCUGCCCCCCACCUCUUCAGCCUCCUCCUCACCCUGUGCCUCCUCAGAUAUCAAUCCUGUCAUCCACUCCUCCCAGACAGCUCUAGUUAGCUGUGUAAAUGGACUCCGAAGCCCACCUCUGCCAGGAGACCUGGGGGGCCCUCCCAAGCGAUCACGGCCUGGGCCUGUAUCCAGUGAUGGCCAGGAGGGCAGCUUGCAGCUUGAAGCAUGCCGGAAGUCAGGCUUCCUGAAGCAGGAGCCCAUGGACGAGUUUUCAGAGCUCUUUGCUCCUCACCAGCAGGGUUUGCCGCCUCCCUACCCCUUGCCUCAGUUGCCAACUGGCCCCAGCCUCGGAGGCCUAGGGCUGGGCCUGGCGGGCAGGAUGGUGGCCGGUCGGCAGGCCUGCCGCUGGGUGGACUGUUGCGCAGCCUACGAGCAGCAAGAGGAGCUGGUGCGGCACAUCGAGAAGAACCACAUCGACCAGCGCAAGGGCGAGGACUUCACCUGCUUCUGGGCCGGUUGCGUGCGGCGCUACAAGCCCUUCAACGCCCGCUACAAGCUGCUCAUUCACAUGAGGGUACACUCAGGCGAGAAGCCCAACAAGUGCAUGUUCGAAGGCUGCAGUAAAGCCUUUUCCCGUCUGGAGAACCUGAAGAUCCACCUGCGGAGCCACACGGGCGAGAAGCCAUACCUGUGCCAGCACCCAGGCUGCCAGAAGGCCUUCAGCAACUCCAGCGACCGUGCCAAGCACCAGCGCACCCACCUCGACACGAAGCCAUAUGCUUGUCAGAUCCCAGGCUGCUCCAAGCGCUACACGGACCCCAGCUCCCUCCGCAAGCACGUGAAGGCCCACUCCGCCAAAGAGCAGCAGGUGCGUAAGAAGAUGCACACAGGUGCUGAUCCAGAGGCCGACGUUCUGUCUGAGUGUCUGGCACUGCAGCAACUCCAAGCAUCCACACCGUUGCCAGCCAGCAGAGGGAAGGGCAGCCAAACCCUGAACCAGGAGCUCCUCCCAGGUGUGUAUCCUGGCUCUGUCACCCCACAAAAUGGCCUUGCUUCAGGCAUCCUGUCCCCGUCCCAUGACGUCCCUUCCAGGCACCACCCACUGGAGGUCACCACUGGUUCCCACCACCACCUGUCCCCUCUGCCCACAGCUGAGAGCACCAGGGAUGGCCUGGGGCCUGGUCUCCUUUCACCCAUGGUCAGCCCACUGAAGGGGCUUGGUCCCCCACCACUGCCACCAGCCUCCCAGAGUCAGUCUCCAGGGGGACAGUCAUUCUCCACGAUUCCCAGCAAGCCUACCUACCCACCCUUCCAAAGCCCACCACCACCUCUGCCCAGCCCCCAAGGCUACCAAGGCAGUUUCCAUUCCAUCCAGAACUGCUUCCCCUAUGCUGACUGCUACCGGACCACUGAGCCAGCAGCCUCCAGGGAUGGACUGGUGGGUGACGCCCAUGGUUUUAACCCCUUGCGACCCAACACCUACUCCAGCCUCAGCACACCUUUAUCUGCACCAGGCUACGAGGCCCUGGCAGAAACUCCGUGUCCUCCAGCACUGCAGACACAGCCAUCUGAAGACCUGGUACCCAGCGGUCCUGAGGACUGUGGCUUCUUCCCCAACGGGGCCUUUGACCACUGCCUGAGUCACAUCCCGUCCAUAUACACGGACACCUGAAGGAAGGAGAGCGGCUGUGACUGCCUGCCCAGCUCCUGACACUACUUCACCUACUCGCCAUCUGCCCUGGUGCUUCCCACAGGGGCAGUGAGGCCACACCACAGGGGCACUUCCCUACCUGGAGGGCUAUCUGGUCUCAGAGCUGCCUGCCAGGGAACUGUGGCCCUCUGACAGCCCCUUGACCCUAAGGUUCUCAAAUCACAGACCUCGUGUAUAUACAAUGUACAGGACUUCUUUUCAGCCUCCUUGCAAGUUUUAUAUUUUUGGUUUU